GUUAGGGGAGGAACCAGGUGUUAGGGGAGGUACCAGGCGUUAGGGGAGGAACCAGGUGUUAGGGGAAGAGAGGAGAGGACGUAUUGUUCAGGAAACUAAACUUAAGGUUCAUAGAAACCAAACCAACCGACGUGCAGGCAGUUCUCCUGUUCAGGAGAAAAAUAAAAACGCAUUUUGGAACCAAUAGUCUGAAAGACAGAAACAACAACAAGAAUGGCCUCUGUUAAACGUUCCUGGUCUAAAGAGAACUUUUCAUGUUCCAUCUGUCUGGGUGUGUUCAGCAGCCCAGUUUCCACACCAUGUGGACACAACUUCUGCAGAACCUGUAUUAAUAAGUUCUGGGAUGGACAAGAUCAGUACAAAUGUCCAGUUUGCAACAAGAUUUACCACACUAGACCUGAUCUACAGGUCAAUAACCUUUUAUCAGGGAUGGCUGCUCAGUUUAGACCGUCCAUACGAAUAAAAAAGCAGCGAUGUGUUGAACCAGGAGAAGUUCCCUGUGACAUCUGUACUGGGACCCAGCUAAAGUCUGUGAAGUCCUGCCUAGUGUGUUUCACCUCUUACUGCCAAACACACCUGGAGCCACAUCAGAGAGUUGCACACCUGAAGAAACAUCGGCUGGUCAAGCCUGUGGUCUGUCUGGAAGACAGGAUGUGUAGGAAACACAAUCAAUUACUUGAGCUCUUCUGCAAGACUGACCAGGUGUGUGUGUGUCAGUUCUGCACAGAGGGUGACCACAGGUCCCAUUCUGUUGUACCUCUAAAGGAGGAAUAUGAAGUGAAGAUGGCCCAGCUGGGGAAGUUAGAGGCUGAAGUUCAUCAGAUGAUCAAGGAGAGAAAACCUAAGAUUAAGGAGAUAAAAGAAACAGUCAAAUUGAGCAAGGAAGACGCAAACAGAGAGGGAGCCGAUGGUGUGCAGGUCCUCACUGCUUUUAUGCAUCGCGUUAAAAAGUGCAGAGAUGAUUUUAACCAAACAGUUAAAGAGAAACUGAAAACCACAGAGAAACAAGCUGAAGACCUCAUCAAAGAGCUGGAGCAGGAGAGAGAAGAUCUGACCAAUAGAAGCUUAGAGAUGAAGCAGCUCUCACAGACUAAAGACCCCCUCCACUUCCUCCAGGCCUUCAGAUCCCUGAAGGAUCCUCCAACCACCAGGGACUGGACGACGGUGGAGGUCCGUCCUCAGUCAUACGUAGGGACCUUGAGGAGAUCCCUGGAUCAGCUGGAGGAGACACUGAACAUGGAGAUGAAGAAGCUGUGUGAUGCUGCUGAACUGAAGAGGGUCCAGCAGUAUGAAGUAAAUGUGACUCUGGAUCCUGAUACAGCUCAUCCCAACCUCAUCCUGUCUGAGGAUGGGAAACAAGUACAUGAUGGAGAUGAAGAGAAGGAACUCCCGGACAACCCUAAGAGAUUUACAGAGUAUCUAGAUGUCCUCACGAGGCAGAGCUUCUCCUCAGGGAGAUUUUACUUUGAGGUCCAGGUUAAAGACAAGGCUGGAUGGUGUUUCGGAGUGGCCAGAGAGUCCAUCAACUGAUACGGUGAGAUCAUAGGGACCCCUGAGAAUGCAGGUUACUGGACUCUUUACUACGAUAAGGAUGGGUUGAUAUUUAAUGAUGACCCUGUUGUCCGUCUCCCUCUGAGAGCUGAGCUCCAGAAGGUGGGGGUGUUUGUUGAUCAUGAUGAGGGUGUGGUCUCCUUCUAUGAUGUGGAAGCCAGGGUUCAUAUCUACUCUGCUACUGGCUGCACCUUUAGUGAGCCUCUCUAUCCAAUCCUCAAUCCAUUGUUACAUGAAGAAGGUAUAAACUCUGCCCCCCUGAUCAUCUCACCUGUCAAUCAAACAGACUAGGACUUUGUUUGAUAAUAUAAUAAUCAAACAUCCAAAACAACUGUUGUUUCCUGAAUUACAAUCUCUACUAUGUGAAAUCUGAGAGAACUGUAUUCGUAUCGUACUUUUCACUGUAAUUUAACAAGGACCAAUACAUUAAGCCACUAACACUGUGUACUAUAAACAAUAUUACCCAUUAUGACUUCUAAGACUACAAUAUAUUGUUUAAUGUCUUUUUAUCGGAAUUGUUUUGAUACUUUAAAUGAUAAAAAUAA